UACCCACAAUGCUUAGCGUGUUCAAAAUGGACGAACUGACGGUUGAGGUUCGCGGCUCCAAUGGGGCUUAUUAUAAGGGUUUUGUCAAAGAUGUUCAUGAAGAUUCGCUCUCUAUCUCGUUUGAAAACAAUUGGCAGCCGGAGAGACAGGUGCCGUUUGCAGACGUGCGCUUGCCUCCUCCUGCUGACUGCAAGAAGGAGAUUGGUGAAGGAGAUGAGGUGGAGAUAUACUCGAGGGCGAACGAGCAGGAGCCAUGUGGCUGGUGGCUCGCCAAAGUGCGCAUGAUGAAGGGAGACUUCUAUGUGAUCGAGUACGCAGCCUGUGACGCCACAUACAAUGAGAUUGUCACGUUUGAACGUCUGCGGCCAGUGAACCUAAACAAAGCCGUGACGAGAAACACCUUCUAUAAGUGCACUGUUUCUGUUCCUGAUGAUCUGAAGACUGCCUGUGAGAGCGAGCUCGCUCAUAAGGACUUUAAGAAGGCUGUAGGCGCGAGCAGAAUUGUCUACAGACCUGAAACCUGUGAGCUGCUUGUCCUGUCUGUAGACGAGGUGACAGUGAAGAGAGUGUCCCUCCUGAGCGACAUGCACUUGAGGAGCAUCCGCACUAAACUCAUGCUCAUGUACAGGAACGAGGAAGCCACAAAGCACUUAGAGAGCACGAAGCAGCUAGCAUCAGCGUUCCAGGAGGAGUUCACAGUGCGAGAGGACCUGAUGGGUCUCGCCAUCGGGAGCCACGGGACAAACAUCCAGCAGGCCAGGAAAAUUCCAGGGGUGACAGCCAUCGAGCUGGAAGAAGAGAGUGGAACGUUCAGGAUUUACGGAGAGACUACUGAGGCCGUCCAGAACGCAAGAAGCAUUCUGGAGUUCCUGGAAGAGUCGGUACAAAUCCCCAGAAAUCUAGUUGGCAAGGUGAUUGGCAAAAAUGGCAAAGUCAUUCAGGAGAUCGUAGAUAAAUCUGGAGUGGUGCGAGUACGGAUCGAAGGAGACAACGACAAUAACCUUCCCAGGCAAGAGGGAAUGGUGCCCUUCACGUUUGUCGGCACAAAGGAGAGCAUUGGAAAUGUUCAAGUUCUUCUGGAGUACCACAUUGCUUACCUGAACGAGGUGGAGCAGUUAAGGUUGGAGCGGCUACAGAUUGAUGAGCAGCUGCGUCAGAUAGGUAUGGGUUUCCGUACCGUUCCAGCACGUUCCAAUGAGAAAGAUAAAGAGAAGAGCUAUGGCAUGGAUGAAAGCGCUUCAACCAUCUCGCUGCACUCCGGGCGCUCCUACACAGGCCGGGGACGUGCACGCAGGACCGCCAACCACAGUGCAGCCUACGGAAUGAACUCGGAGCACUCUUACACUUCCGAGACUGAUUCUGAGCGGAGAGAUGAGCUGAGUGAUUUCUCCCUAAGAGAAGAUGAGGAAGAGCACAAUAUCCAGCCCAGGGACAGGAGGAGAACAGCAGGGGUCAGAGGUCGUGGUGGCUCAGGAGUGAGAGGUCGUGGGACUGGAAGAGGGUCAGGAAGCACCAUGAGCUCAGUUCUGAAGGAUCCAGAUCGGAAUCCGUACAGUAUUUUGGAUACUUCUGAGUCGGAUCAGACCGCUGAUGCAGAAGCAAGUGAGUGUGAACCGACUUCUCGGAGCCGACGCUCGCGACGCCGACGCCCUGAAUCCGAUGACAACACAUCACUCAGUGAAAAUGGCCUUGAUGAGCCUGAAUUUAAACCUCAGCGGCAAAACCGUAGCCGCCGCAGACGCUUUCGGCCUCCAGAGGAGAGACCGCCAGUCACCGUGGCUGAUUACAUAUCACGUGCUGAAUCCCACAGCAGACAGAGAACGCCACGAGAUCUGAAGAACAAUAAAAAAGAAUUGGGUCAGGUGGAUGUCAUAUCUGAACAUGGCAUCUCGAAACAGCUCACUAAUGGCCCAGAUACCAACAUUGAUGACCAGGAAAUGGCACCACGCGCUUCCACAGAAACUGCCCCUGGCGGGAAAACCGAUGUGGCUAAGCCAACUGUCGUUAACGGACUCUCCUUAACGCCCUGACCUGUUCCUCUAUUCUCUCUCGAAACAGUCAUAACCUUUACAUUUUUACAAUAGUGCUUGUACAAGCUCGCCAAAGAUAGACACACACACACACACAAACACAUACACACGGACUUCCAGAUUCUUCUCUCUGCUGCACUUUUCUGUUCCUUCACCAGGGGUCAGGUACGACAGGAGAACACGAAAUAUAUAAAAGAAGCCCCAAAGUGCAAUGCAUUAUUAGCCUUUUUUCUGUCCAGUUAUCUUUACAAGUUUACCAUUAUAAGUGUUAUAACUUCGGACCUCCAAAUUUUAACAAAUUUGUCAACUGAGAUUUGUAUAAAAUUGAUCAUGCAGGAAAUCACCAGUCGUUUUUCCCCCAUUAAAUGAGUCAGUCGAUAUGUUUAUCUGCAGUGAUUGACAUUUAAGUGUCUGGAAGCUGCACCCUCUACUGCCAGCUCACAUAAGUAAUCUCAAGUUGACUAAAUUUUCCUGGUAACGUGCCGUCACUAAUGUGAUUUUCAUUUUCAACUCUUUCACUGUGUCUGACUGGCCUAACAUCUGUUAACUGGAUUUUUUUUGGAUAACAGAAUAUUUCCUGCCAAUAGUCAGAAACAGAGCUAUUUCCCUGAAUAAGAGGGGGGAAAAAGCAAUCCUUCAGUGACAAAUCAAAAACUAUAUUAAUACUGUGACUGGUGAUGAUUAUUAGGACAGUAUUCAAAACUAAUGCAUUAAAACAAUGCAAUCAAACCCAUCAUGGAAACCGCAGUAUGUUGUGUGUAUAACAGGGUUUUAUGAUAACUGCUUGCGACUGAAAAGCCACCAUUGGUUGGUUUUGGUUAUGGUGUGGACACUUGAUCAGUGUUUAUUAUUUUUUACAUUAAUUUUAGUAAAUACCAUUUUUCCCUAGGAUAUGAAGAAAAAACUAUUCAGGUAAAUUUUUCUAGUGUUUUGCAGGACAGUGCCCCUCUAAUGUGCUGGUGGCUAACAUAAAACCUUUACAUAUACCCUCAUUUAUAGCCUAGCAUAAACACAUGAAAUGGUGAUAUUAAUAACAUACCAUAUUUUGACGACAUUUAGUCCUCUUUAGGGCUGGCCAGUCCUGAGUAAUAGCAGUGUUUCUAAUUAUCAAGCAGGGAUGUCAAUGUUUUUCUAUUCUAUUUAUUAGAUUCUUUUUUUGACCAACAAACCUCAGAAGUGUUUCUGUUAUUAUAUUGAGAUGAUAAUGGGACAGAAGAAAGUAUAAUGCAUGAUCUUUCUGGGCUUCUAACAGACAAUAUGAAAUGAAGUCUGUUAUGUUUUAAGUACAUGAUCAGAUGUUGUGCCUUCAGAGAGUAGGUCACUGGCUGGCUGUAGGCCUAAAUAAAUCCAGAGAGAAGAUUAGCUGCUUUUUAUUUUUAAUAUGCAACCACUUCAUUUUGGGCAUGUGCCGAUAAUCAGUCGGAUGAUGUAUCAUGAUAUCCAGUAUUGAAAUUAGAAAGUUGUAGCAUGGGAAGAAAUAGCCUGUUUGCGUAGAGUGGACUCUAAUUUAGUACCUGAGCACAGACUUCAUCUAUAAUCCCGUAAUUUUGGACAAAGCUGAAGGAAUGUUUAAUUUUUUUAUUCCUUUUUCUUUUUUUCUUCAAUAUAUGGGACAGAACUGAUGCUUCAGUAAUAUUGUAAACAAUAACAAAAAAAAUAAGCAGUUCCCAAGAGAAGAAAGCAUCAUAUCGGCACAUGCCUGUUCCUUACAGUGAUUUAGGAAAUGCGGUCAGGAAGAUAAAGGAUGUUUUUGCACUGAAUUGUAAUUUCUGUCCCUUUAGAAAAAAAUGUUAGUCUGGAAAACUGGUUUGUUACUGUCGUCAAUAGGAAAACACUCCACGUGACUCUUGGAAUGAUUUACUGACUUCUGUGAAAAGAGCCUUGGUUUAUUUAUUAAGAUGUACAGUAUUUAAAUGAGAAAUGCAGAAGCAGUUCUUCUUCUAACACUAACUUGGCCAACUGAACGUUGCACGCAGGAAAUAAAUUGGACUACUGAAAGAUCAACUUCCAGUCUUUCCGUUCUGUAAACUGUUUCCAGUCUUUUUUUAAAUGAUUAUACUGGUUGUUUGAUGUGCAAUAUGUUUUGUAUGCAGGUAGUUCUUAAAUAAAAUUUUGAUCUUCCAAA